GGCCACUUCCAACCUUAUCAGUUAUUAAAGUGACAUAGCCUCGUCCUUGCUUAGUGAAAGUAAAGCAGAGCAACACACCGGGGAGGAGGAAGGCCUUAUUAUAGACUCGGUACAGUAGUAAAACUCAGAGGUGGAAGAAGAGGAGCUCUGUUUUGCCUGCUGAUGGCUGAACAGCUGAUGCAGGGGGGCAGCAGUGCACCCCAAGGCUUCUUCACAUAGAAAUUGAAAGGAGGAGGAAAAAGAGGAGGGGAAGGAGGAGGCGUGUGGAGCUAGAACUAGCGUCGGUAUGCGAGGCUUCAUAGCAGGCAUGUCCGUACACAAGAGCGUCAGCUCUGCAUGGCAGGGUCCUGUGAGGAGGAUAGCACGAGAAGUGGGUAGUGGAACAAAUGUUGACGAGAGGCUUAAAGCUGCUCGAGAAAGGAGAGAGGAGCAACAAAGGUUACUCGCCUCCCGAGUUCACAACAGGUAUGAGCGGGAACAGCGUGCCAAACUUCACUAUGAGCAGCAGCUACAGGAACGGCAGAAGAAACUGCAGGAGCAGAAGCGCAAGGAAGAUCGAAGACGUGCCGCCGUGGAGGAGAAAAGACUGCAGUAUCUCAAGGAAGAGAAAGAGCGAAAUGAAUCAGCAGUGCGCCGAACCAAGGAGAAGAGUCAAAGAGCCCAACAGAAAUCCAGCCAAAACGUGAGCGGAAGGAAGCCCACCAAAAAUGCUCCACGUCACAUAGCCCUCAGCACAUGGGAGAAGAACCUGGUGAGUCGUCUGCUUACCCCCACAAGCUCUUUUUUGGCCCGGAGCAAGAGUGCUGCUGAUCAGUCAGGAGAAGAAGUUGUUUAUAUUUGUCGCCGUGCAGUUUCCUUUUACUCCACGACCAGUAGCAGCUUGAGCAGCACGCCGCAGUUGGUGCAGGACCACAGACCCAAUAUCCAGAAACCCCAGAACCAGAGACCCCAAGACAAGAAACUCGUGACUCAAAGACCCCAAAACCAGAAACUCCAGAUUCAGAAGACCCAGAACCAGAGACCAAAGGAACAGAAACCACAAACCCAGAGACCACAAGUCCAGAGACUUGAGAACCAGAAGCCUCAAGCUCAGAGACCUCAGAUGAAGAAAACUCAGAACCUGAGGCCUCAAAGUCAAAGACCGCCACCACACCUGAGUCCCAGCGUCACCCAUAGUAAAAGUACCAGCAGUGUGAAGCCCAAGGCGGUAACACCGCACAACGCUAUCAAGAAGACCUCAAACGCUGGUCCAGACAAACGGUCGCCUGUGAAAAACAAUGUCUCCACUAAAACAAGCAGAACAACCUCUUCGCCCUCUCCAGAACGGGUUCACAGAAGAUCGAGCCGUCGACACUCUAUCCCUCUUCAACUAGACCUCGAGUCUGUUCCUGAGGAAGAUGUUCCCAUUUGCAACUCUGCCCUGUCACCCGGGAACUCAAGGCCUGGCAGGCCUGUCAUUGAAGACAGAAUGGAGGAUUCACCUGAGACUCAAAGUUCUGGGAUAGAGGUUGAAAGCAGAACUGCAGGAGAUGGCAGUCCCUCCAUUAUGCUUUCACCACCAUCUGAAUCCAUGUUAAGGCCCUCAAGUGGUACCACUGACCCAGAAGAGGCCUCUCGCUUGUUGGCCGAAAGAAGGCGAGAAGCCAGGCAGCUCAGAGAGCUGGAGGAGCAGAAGCGCUUGGAGGCUGCCGAAGCUGAAAGACGGAGUCAUGAGGCGCUGGAGCGCCACAGGGCUGAGGAGCGAGCUCGGCAGCAGGCCGAAGCCGAACAUCUGAUUGCAGAAAAGCAAAGACGUGAGGAAGAGGAGAGUAAGAAGGCGGAGGAGGAGAGGCUUCAGGCGAUGCGGGAAGCAGCUCUCCUGCACAAGCAGAGAGAGGAGGAACAAGCCAGAGAGCGAGAGAAAGCAGCUCAGAUACAAAAGGAACGAGAGCUGUAUGCACAGAAAGAAGAAGCAGAGCGCCAAGUCAGGAAAAAGCGACUGGAGGAGAUCAUGCGGCGGACCAGAGGAACAGUUUCUCCUGACAUGAAAUCAGCAACGGUGAGCAUCUUACCAAAUGAGAACACUGAGCCUCCUGUGCAGGAUGCCGUCAAGCCGCCGAGUUCAAGGCCCUCACAGAUAGUUGUGGAUGACAAAGGCGCCAACGAUGACAUGGUGCCUGUUGUGGCCUUUAAAGAGCGCAGGUCUCUUCGGACUCUCACAGGUCUGGAAGACAUCCAGACACACCAACGAGCAGAAGUCAUCUGAGCUGCAUUGUCUCAGUCAAGCACAUGGAAAUCACCACCAUACAAUGAGGAUUACAAUAACGGUCAUCUUUUUCAAUGAACGAUUUCAAGGAAAAUAUCCUAAAAAGAUCAAUUCAACACAGAAGGUUUAUUAUUGAAUAGCAGCUUUCUUUUCCGAAAACCAUCAUCUCCUGUGCACGUACAAUCACGAUCCAAUCCUUGAUAUUUGUUGUUAUUGAAGUGCUUUUUUUGCAGUUAGAAUGAAUGCAUACUGCUGUAGUGCGAGUAAACACACAUUUACAAGCUGCUAAAGAAACUUCUAGUAGUUCCCAAAGACUUUGCUUUUUAAAGUGUUGAAUAAUAUAUUUUUGCACAAAUAGCUGUGGCUUUGCUUAUUAACAAUAAUUACAAUAUGCAAUCUUUAGCAAAGUGACGUAUGGUAGUUUAUUCUUGUUACACGAAAGCCUACAAACUAAUAAGCAGUUAAUGAUGUUAACUUUUUUUGUAAUGUUUAGAAAAUGGAUUUAAAUAUACUGUACAUGUUAUACUAUUUGUUUAAGGCUGAUUGUAAAUUAAAUUUGCUGAAAGAGAUGCCUUCCUAUAUUGUAUGUCAUAUGCAUAUAAUAUUACCAUUGCUUUACCAUUCUUCACUCUUCAAACCAAUAAA